AUGUUGAACCCAGUAGCUUUAUUUCGCACAGCUUCUUCUCGCUCAGCCUCUUCCAGAUAUUUACUGAAUUCUUCGUGCUCUAAAGAUGAAGGCUAUGAAAGCAGUAGUGACAUCUCAGAGGAGCCCUGCAUGUUUUCAGGUAGUCACCAAUCAACAUUGGAUAGAUUAUAUGCUUGGGAGAAGAAACUCUAUGAGGAAGUCAAGUCUGGAGAAAAGGCUCGGAUUGCAUACGAAAAGAAAUUGACGCAUCUCCGGAACCAAGAUGUAAAAGGAGAUGACUAUUCUGCAUUAGAAAAAACAAGGGCAGCCAUUAGAGAUCUGCAUACUCAGAUGAAGGUUUCAAUACAUUCAGUUGAAGCUAUUUCAAACAGGAUUGAGACCUUGAGGGAUGAAGAAUUGCAGCCUCAACUUUCAGAACUGGUACAAGGGUUAGCAAGGAUGUGGAAAGUAAUGGCAGAGUGUCAUCGGUCACAGAAACGAAGCCUAGAUGAAGCCAAGGUUUUACUAGCAGGCACGCCUUCAAAACUGGAAGCUAAAAGACACUCUUCCAUUUCAAUUACUGAUCCAAACCGGCUAGCACGUUCAGCUGCCAAUCUUGAGACAGAGCUGAGGAAUUGGAGAGCUUAUUUUGAGUCAUGGAUCGCUUCUCAACGAUCCUAUGUGCAUGCCUUAACAGGGUGGCUGCUCCGUUGCAUGAGGGCUGAUCCUGAUACAUCGAAGUUGCCACUCUCUCCCCGUCGCUCAAAUGGUGCUCUUCCAAUAUUUGGAAUUUGCAUCCAAUGGUCAAGGUUUCUGGAUGCCAUACAUGAGACACCGGUGCUGGAUGGACUAGAUUUUUUUGCAGCCGGUAUGGGGUCCCUCUAUGCACAACAGCUUAGAGAGGAUUCACGUCAUGUUAGGGUAGGUUCAAAGAGAUUUGGAGCUGGAACACCAGAUGAAUUUAGUGGGGAUAUGAAAAUUGUGGAGGUCGGUCAAGUUGAACAAGUAAUGACUGCAGAUAAAAUGGCUGAGGUUGCUAUAAGGGUACUUUGUGCUGGAAUGUCAGUUACUACGAGCUCACUGACAGAGUUUUCUAUUGCUUCUGCUGAUGGAUAUGCCGAACUUGUGAAUCAAUGGGACAACGCCAAGGCUUAG